UGCUGGAGGGCACGUUCUCGGUGCUGGGUGUUGAAUCUAAGAGGACCGCAGGCUGGAGUGCAGAACCCAGGUUUGCAUUCACGAAGUCCACUGCCAGAUUGCGGCGCUGAGGAUCUACCGGUUCACAUCUCUUAACCCUAAUUUGCAGCUAAGACGUUGAGGUUCGGAGCGGUUUAGUAAUUUGUGCAGGGUUCCUCAGAGUUGUUAGAUUCCUUUGGGAUUCGAAUUCGUACAUUCCUGAGUUAGAAUUCCGCUUCUGCUCCUUCCUGGUUGUGUGACCCUAGGCAAAUGACACUAGCUUUGUAAGCCUCGAUCUUCUCAUUUGUACUACGUAAUUCAAAGACAGUUCUUUCAUUUAUGAACAAAUAUGUGUUGAGUACCUACCAUUUAUCAAGGCGUUUAGACAUUAGGCUUUGGGAUCCAACUGAAGAAAAACACAUACCUCCUGCCUCAUUAAGCUUUCUAAUAAAGGAGAAAGGCAAUAAAUACUCUGUUUCCUACCUCAAAAAUGGGAAUCUUAAUUAAGGAAAUGAACACCAUGUUCUGAUUUUUUAAAAAAUGCGUUUAUGCCAGUAUUUUUACGUAGAAACUGUUACAAUUUAUAUGGCACUACCUGGCCAUUAAGUUUCUAAUUAAAUGCUUAGUAAUGUAAUUUAUUAAUAUUGGUUUGCAGAAUAUAAUCUUAUAUAAAGAGAAAACUCAUACGUGUAUUUAACGCCUGCUAAGCACCAGACAUUACAUAAAGGGGAGGAAUCUCUUUGGGAAAUAGGUUUUACUCAUGAAUUGUGCAAUCGAUCUCCGAGAACUUGGAGUUUUCACUGCGUUUGAGGCUCAGUUGCUGGGGAGACUUGAACCACGCGCUAGGUUAAACUAGGAGGCAAGGAAAGCGUUUAUUCCCAUAAUCAUUUUGACCUUCUCAAGAUGGCGGCAAACCCUUAACAACAGUCAUCACGUUCACGCUACGACUUCCUCUAAUGGCUUCUCUUUCCUGUCCAAAGACCCAACUUCUGUCCGAGGUUGAGCCGGAACACAUGCCGUGUUAGUGGGUUUUUUUCCUUAUGAGAACUUGUACAAGUAUACAAAAUAACAUGAGUUGCGUAUCUUUAGAGCUUUUCUCGUCAUCCGAGGUUCACGUUUUCCUUUUAGUUGGUAAGAGUGUGAGGUUUUGAUUAGGCGCGCGCCGCGGGCAGCUUGUACUUCAGCGGGUCUUCGGCGGCCGAGUGAAAACCCGGGAGUCAGUGGAAUCGCAAGAUGGCGACGGCGGCCGCAACAUCGGUUUCAGAACCAGAGACUGAGCCCAAGGCGGCGCCCAAGGCUGAGGGCGAGGAGGAUGAGGUUAAGGCAGCUAGGACGAGGAAGAAAGCGUCAUCGCGGACUGUGGCCACUGCAACGUACAAGACCACGGGGCCAGGAUGGGACCAGCAGGAGGAAGGCGUGAGCGAGAGUGAUGGAGAUGAGUACGCCAUGGCUUCCUCAGCGGAGAGCUCCCCCGGCGAGUACGAGUGGGAAUACGACGAAGAGGAGGAGAAGAACCAGCUGGAGAUCGAGCGGCUGGAGGAGCAGUUGUCUAUCAAUGUCUAUGACUACAACUGCCAUGUGGACCUGAUCCGGCUGCUCCGACUGGAAGGGGAGCUUGCCAAAGUGAGGAUGGCCCGCCAGAAGAUGAGUGAGAUCUUUCCUUUGACUGAAGAGCUCUGGCUGGAGUGGCUGCAUGACGAGAUCAGCAUGGCCCUGGACGGUCUGGACAGAGAGCACGUGUACGACCUCUUUGAGAAAGCUGUGAAGGAUUACAUUUGUCCAAAUAUUUGGCUAGAAUAUGGCCAGUACUCAGUCGGUGGGAUUGGUCAGAAAGGUGGCCUCGAGAAAGUCCGCUCUGUGUUUGAAAGGGCUCUUUCAUCUGUCGGUUUACAUAUGACCAAAGGACUGGCCAUCUGGGAGGCUUAUCGGGAGUUUGAGAGUGCAAUCGUGGAAGCCGCCCGGCCCAUAGCUGGCUUCCUUUCCCCUUUUGACCGGGAACAAACCUUUGAUUCACAGCUGGAGAAAGUGCACAGUCUCUUCCGGCGACAAUUGGCGAUCCCACUCUACGAUAUGGAGGCAACUUUUGCAGAGUAUGAAGAAUGGUCAGAAGACCCAAUACCAGAGUCGGUAAUUCAGAACUAUAACAAAGCACUACAGCAGUUGGAGAAAUAUAAACCCUAUGAAGAAGCCCUGUUGGAAGCAGAGGCCCCCAGGCUGGCCGAAUAUCAAGCAUACAUCGAUUUUGAGAUGAAAAUUGGCGAUCCUGCUCGCAUUCAGUUGAUCUUUGAGCGUGCCCUGGUCGAGAACUGCCUUGUCCCAGACUUAUGGAUCCGUUACAGUCAGUACCUAGAUCGGCAGCUGAAAGUAAAGGAUUUGGUUUUGUCUGUACAUAAUCGUGCUGUUAGAAACUGCCCCUGGACAGUUGCCCUGUGGAGUCGGUACCUCUUGGCUAUGGAAAGACAUGGAGUUGAUCAUCAAACGAUUUCUGUGACUUUCGAGAAAGCUUUGAGUGCUGGCUUCAUUCAGGCCACUGAUUAUGUGGAGAUUUGGCAGGCGUACCUGGAUUACCUGAGGAGAAGGGUCGAUUUCAGACAAGAUUCCAGUAAAGAACUGGAAGAGUUGAGAUCCGCAUUCACUCGCGCUUUGGAAUAUCUGAAACAGGAGGUGGAAGAACGUUUCAAUGAGAGUGGGGAUCCAAGCUGCAUGAUCAUGCAGAACUGGGCUAGGAUUGAGGCUCGACUGUGUAAUAAUAUGCAGAAAGCGCGGGAGCUCUGGGAUAGCAUCAUGACCAGAGGAAACGCCAAGUAUGCCAACAUGUGGCUUGAGUAUUACAACCUAGAAAGGGCACACGGUGACACCCAACACUGCAGGAAGGCUCUGCACCGGGCCGUCCAGUGCACCAGUGACUACCCAGAGCACGUCUGUGAAGUGUUGCUCACCAUGGAGAGGACUGAAGGUACUUUAGAAGAUUGGGAUAUAGCUGUUCAGAAAACUGAAACUCGAUUAGCACGUGUUAAUGAGCAGAGAAUUAAGGCUGUGGAGAAGGAAGCCGCCCUUGCCCAGCAAGAAGAAGAAAAGGCUGAACACCGGAAGAGGGCCCGGGCCGAGAAGAAAGCAUUGAAAAAGAAGAAAAAGACCAGAGGUGCAGACAAGCGCAAAGCAGAUGAGGAUGAUGAGAAAGAGUGGGGUGAUGAUGAAGAAGAGCAGCCUUCCAAACGCAGAAGGAUUGAGAACAGUGUUCCUAUAGCUGGAGAGGCACAAAACCUAGAAGCGGAAACGGGACUCUUUGGAAAAAGUGCAUCCAUAGAUGUCGACCCUCCCUCAAAGCAGAAAGAGAGGGCGGCUGUCUUGAAGAGGGACGUGCCCAAGGUGCCCCACGACAGCAGCAAGGACAGCAUCACUGUCUUUGUCAGCAACCUGCCCUACAGCAUGGAGGAGCCGGACGUGAAGCUCCGGCCGCUUUUUGAAGCCUGUGGGGAAGUAGUAGAGAUCCGCCCCAUCUUCAGCAACCGGGGUGAUUUCCGAGGGUAUUGCUACGUGGAGUUUAAAGAAGAAAAAUCAGCUCUGCAGGCACUGGAGUUGGACCGGAAGAAUGUAGAAGGGAGGCCAAUGUUUGUUUCUCCCUGUGUGGAUAAGAGCAAAAAUCCUGAUUUUAAGGUGUUCAGGUACAGCACUGCCCUGGAGAAACACAAGCUUUUUAUCUCGGGUCUGCCUUUUUCCUGCACUAAAGAGGAACUGGAAGAGAUCUGUAAGGCUCAUGGCACCGUGAGGGACAUCAGGCUGGUUACCAACCGGGCCGGCAAACCAAAGGGCCUCGCCUAUGUGGAGUACGAAAAUGAAUCCCAGGCGUCGCAGGCUGUCAUGAAGAUGGACGGCAUGACUAUUAAAGAGAACGUCAUCAAAGUGGCUAUCAGCAAUCCCCCUCAGAGGAAAGUUCCAGAGAAGCCAGAAGCAAAGAAAGGCCCAGGUGGCCCCAUGGUGCUGCGGCAGAUAUAUGGAGCGCGGGGCAAAGGAAGGACCCAGCUUUCUCUGCUGCCUCGCGCCCUGCAACGCCCAAGCACUACGGCAGCUCAGGCGGAGAAUGGCCCUGCCCCAAAGCCAGCGGUCACCACCUCAGCUGCCACUGAGGCUCCCAAGAUGUCCAAUGCUGAUUUUGCCAAGUUGCUUCUGAGAAAGUGAACGGGACUCUAAGAGAAGAGAAAUCCCUUACUUCAUGCUGGCCAGGAAGCCUACCAGUCAUCCAGCCGUACUCUGGGUAUGGAAGGGCCUGGGGCAGCGCCUGCACCCACGUAGUUUUCUCUGGGUUAGACAGAAAGGAAAAUGGUGUCCAAGAAAGAGGCUUUAAGUGCUCCCUCAUAUUGAGGGCAACAGGAGGAAAACAGUCACUCCACAGGUUGGGCACAGGGUGUAGUUUCUCAGAUUUUUUUUUUUGUCUUUUAAGAGUGAGAAAUGGAAGUGAAACUUGAGCACAUUCUUUUGAGACCCACUUGUCCAAAUGUUUUCGGCCAACUCUGCCCCUUUUUAUAAGACAGUUCUCUUACACUCUGCAUAGCACAUAUGCUCAUCACUCUUAAUUUUUAAAAGACAAAAAUGGCAGAUGCUAGUAAUUCACCGGAAUGGCCUAUUUUAGUAAAGGGGUGGGGAUAAGGGAAGUCACAAAAAAAUUUGAUGGAUUUUUGUUCAAGGGGGCUGUGCGUUUUUAUAUUAUGUAUUUGUAAAUGACAUGUCAACCCCUUAUGUUUCAUAAAAGCAGAAUAUUUGUGACAUUUGUUUUAUAUAGGAAUGUGUGCCAUCUGCUGUGGACCAUUUUCUUUGCCUAGUGAGUAGUUGACUGUGUUGUCUAAAUAUUGAGUUUCAGUCCUUUGGUUUUGUUUAAAUACCACGUCAAUUGCAAACUUAAAUUUUCCCCAUUUAGCUUUGUCUAUUAAACUGAGAUUCUCUUAAAAACUUCUUGUGGAAUGGUACUCAGCUGUACAUUUACAUAUGGCUGUAUUUUGAAAUGGGUAUACCUUGCUUUACCUAAUAGAUGUGUAAAUAGAACUUUUCUAAGUCAAA